AUGUACAAACGAUGGUUCACCCAUUUAACAGUUACCACUGCCAUACUUUUCGCACAGACUGAAAGUUCAGAUUCGACGGUAAAAGGACGACAAAUGCUUAUUUCGCCAUUUUUUCAAAACUACGGCACUUCUUGGAUUGCUGGUCCUGAAGGACAUCAUUAUCAAUUUCAUCGCAGUGAACAGUCCUGGAACAUGGCUCGAGAAUACUGUCUUGCUUUAGCUUCCGAUCUCGUUGUUAUAAAGAGUUUGCAGCAGAUAAAUUGGCUAAUAUCACACUAUCCACCCAGUAAUUCAAUAAUGCCUGAAAGGACUGCACAAAUUGGACUUGUUCUAGUUGACAAACAAAACAGUGCUGAAAAGGAGUGGAAAUGGGUGGAUAAUACGCCGCUGAAUACUACCUAUUUAGAGUGGGAAAUAUUGGUAACAAAUAUCACGGAAAAAAUUCUGCAUCCUACAGAACGUAGCCGAUGUGCAUUACUGAGCAUUGAUAACAGGGUAUUAAAAGCCAUACCAUGUGACCAAACGCCAGAUUUCGACUAUACAAACCGAUUCAUUUGUCAACGAAGUGAUGAAAAGCAUCAAGAACACGAAAGGAAAAACAAUCCGUUUUACGAGUUUUUUGUGCAGUUGAUAAGUAAACUAAGAACUGAUGCAGCAGCAAAACCGGAACCACGAACAGUACAACUACAAGGAGUGAAAACCCAAACCACGAAUGUUCAAGGGCGGACGGAAGAUUUAUCACCUAUUAGCAGAAAAAAAGAUGUCACCGACGAGAACAAGGAAGACCGCCUUUCGAAGGUCCAAAGAAUAAUUCCAAAAGAAACUUUAGCAACUGUCGAUCCAGAUGUCAAAGGAGUUGACGAAAUGGAUUUUGCAAUAGAACAAAAGGAAAAAGGGAAGCAAGAAGCAGAAGUAAAAAAUAAAAUUGCUAAUGAAAAUAAACCUGAACUUCGAGCAAAGAAUUUUGCCAUGAAAGAAAAAUCGAUGGCACGUAAAGAAAACACCGCGGACAAAGAUGUGAUCCAGCCACCAAAGCAGAACUUCCAACAUUCGAGUGAGUUAUGCGGCGAAAAUGGUAAAGAACAGAAAGGUCCGCGAACACGGUAUGAACAGUUCGGUGAUAUCUUUCGGAAUUUGAAUUUGUUUCUCAAGCAAGAAAAAAGCUCGAACUUGCGCGCGCUGCUUGAUAAUAAGGACACUAACAAGACUCUAGUAGAACGCCUCAAAGAGGUACUACAUACCAAAAAUAACAAAGAACUGAGUAAGCAUGAUGUAACCGAAAAAAAAGGAGUGUUGGAGAAUGAGGUCGAAGACGAGCAGCAAAUCGAUGCUAGUAUCCAGGAAGUACAUGAUGUUAGAAAUACACUUGCACGUGAAAUUGAUGAUAUUAACGACGUCUUUCUAUACAAAAAUACUCCAACGACAUUGCAAAAACUUGACCGAAGGCCUGUUACUACAGAUCGCAUGUAUGGAACGACGGAACCCGGUAAAACGGAAAUAUAUGAAAAGGAAGAAUUAGCGGGACGUUCAGAAGUUAAUGAGAACAAAAUUUAUGAAUUACUUGGGGAAAAAGUGAAAAGUAUAUUUGCCGAACGUCUACAAAACAUAUCUAACCUGGACAGCAAUGCAACAAAUAAACCAAGCCAAAAAAACAAAGAGAUAACGUCAAAUACAAGUGAGCAUCAGAUAAACCGAAAUGAAGUUUCAGUGCAGCACAAUGUAGCAAAUGAGCAAAAACUUGGAUCACCUUCACUGUUGUCUACUAAUCGAGGGAAUAAGGUGAAAGAAUAUGCUACCGGUGUGCCACAUAUUUUUAUCAGCAAUACCCAGCAAACAACUAAAAGAUGGGUUAAAUCAAGUAACGAGAGUGGAACGUCACUUGCAUUCCUGAAUGGCAACAUCAUAUUGCUCGAAGAAUAUAAGCAAGACAGAAACAAAACCAACAUAAAAACAGAUGUUGAAAAAGCUAUAUCCAAUAUGAAACAAAAGCUGGAAAAUGUCAGUGAAGAAAUCAAACGUCUUUUCUCACAUUCACGAUGAUAAGAGUUUAAUUUUUAAUACUGCAAAUAGCCUCCGCUUAAUUUCCUCGUCGAGUCAGGUGUUAAUUCGAUUUCCAAAACGAGAUCUGGACAAAUCUG